CCCUCCCUCCGGCGCGCUCUGUCCCUGCCCCGCCCGUCCGCCGGCCCGCCGCGCACGCACCGGCCCCGGCUCCCCGCGCCCCGCCGCCGCCGCGCGCAGCCGGGCCGGGCUCGGAGCUCCCCAUGGAGAAAGUGCCGGGCGAGAUGGAGAUUGAGCGCAGGGAGCGCAGCGAGGAGCUGUCCGAGGCGGAGAGGAAGGCGGUGCAGGCUACGUGGGCCCGGCUCUAUGCCAACUGCGAGGACGUGGGGGUGGCCAUCCUGGUGAGGUUCUUUGUGAACUUCCCGUCGGCCAAGCAGUACUUCAGUCAGUUCAAGCACAUGGAGGAGCCCCUGGAAAUGGAGCGGAGCCCCCAGCUGCGGAAGCACGCCUGUCGGGUCAUGGGCGCCCUCAACACCGUCGUGGAGAACCUCCACGACCCCGACAAGGUGUCCUCUGUGCUGGCCCUCGUGGGCAGGGCCCACGCCCUCAAGCACGAGGUGGAGCCCGUGUACUUCAAGAUCCUCUCUGGGAUCAUUCUGGAGGUGGUGGCUGAGGAAUGUGCUGAUGACUUCCCACCCGAGACACAGAGAGCCUGGUCCAAGCUGCGCAGCCUCCUCUACCACCACGUGACGGCUGCCUACAAGGAAGUGGGCUGGGUGCAGCAGGUCCCCAACGCCGUCAUCCCACCGGCCACGCUGCCCUCUUCAGGGCCCUAGGACUCCCCCUCCCUCCUGUCCCCCUCCCUGGCAGCACCUUGAGCAGAAGGCCGAGUUCCGAAGACCCUCCUUGACCUUCCAUUUCUGGGUGCCAAGCACGCUGGAGGGAUCCCUGACCUGUCUUCCCGGAAGGAGACUCCGCCGCGGCCGCAGACCCCGGGAGCUGCCAGGAGGUGUCUGGCGGGCUGCCUGGAUGCCGACCCCAGCGCGGUGGGCCGGCCUGCAGGGGUGGGACCCUCCUCCUCGCAGAGCUGGGCCCGCUCUUCUUAGCUUUUCUACUCACGGUUAGAGAGAGACCGAGCUGAGCGGCUGGCGGGAAGCAGGGACAGUCUCUAAGUCGCUCCAGGAAUAAACCAGCCCCGUUUCUAUCUGCCUGACCAGCAUGCAGGUCUCGACAUCACCUAGUAGAGUAUCAUGCACACACAUCUACCGUAUAUACAGAUAUAUUCUAUAUACAACCUCUAUAUAAAUAUAUAUAUAUAUAUAUAUAUAUAUAUACAUGCACACGUACAUAUCUAUAAUGUUUGUCUGCAGGACCCAGAGACCCGUGGGAUGCCUUGGUUCUGCCCAUCUGUGUUGGGGGCAGGGAGGGGCCCUGGUCAUACUUCUGGGCAGAGGACAGAGUGUCCUGGCAGAGGUGGGAGUCCCACAUGAGCACAGAGGGGAUCUGAGCUUGUAUGGGCAGGGUAGGGGUGGCCCAUCUUGCUGGCCAAGCCUGGCCUGUUCUCUCUGACCCCAGCUCCCCGCACUCCUGCUUUCCACUUUCAGGCAGCAAGGAUUUCGCUCCCCCCAGAAGGAUUUGGUGCACUGACUCGGGGUAGCCACUUUGCUUCUGUUUGCUCAGAACGGGGCAGAUGGAAGGUUCCAGAAGUUCUGGGAUGGACGACUGAGCUGGGGCCGGGGCUGCAGUAGAGGAGCCUCGAAUGCCAGCGCCACCUGCCCUUGCCACAAUGCCAGCCCGGGGGUGGGGGUGAGGGUGGGGGCUGCCCAUCAGCAGGACGACAGGACCGAAAGCUUCGAUCUGAUCCUGGGGCUCGCAGGGCUCGGGGCCUGCCUUCCCCACCCUGCUCCUGGCCAGCAGUCUGUCCUGUCCAUCCAUCUGGGUCAGCCUUGUGGGGUAACCACCUCCCCCAUGUGUGCCCCUUGGUCACAUGCAUUGUCUCCAAGGAUGUGCUGCUGCUGUGGCUCCUGUGCUCGUGUCCCCUCCUGCCCCUCCUUGUGCUGCCAUCUGUGUAACUGCCUGUCCUCCUUUUGUAGUUUCUGACGUUUGUAACCAGACCCGGCUGUCAUUAAACAGACCCGUUCUUCCUGUA